UGGUAAAGGUGUAGGUGAAAGUGGAGGUUGUGGUUGUGGUUGUGUAGCGGCCGGUGAGGAGGUGAGGCAGACCGGAAGCAGCAUGGAGAGCUUGCUGCAGGUGGUGAUGACCCUCACGGCGCUCAUGUCGCUGGCCUUCCUCUGCUUCAUCGCCUGUAUCAUGAUCUUUGGCAUAUGGAUGCUGAAAAAUGUCCUGGAACAAGAAGUGCGGGAACGAGGCAAGGAUCUGCUGGCGCUGCAGGCACGGACCCAGGAGCUGGGGGAGCGGCACGGGGCCAGGCAGCUGGUGGCCGCCGGCCUUGACCUCUCACAGCUUGACCAGAGGCACCGGGCCCUUGUGACGCAGCUCUCCCUGCCCGCCACGCCCAGCCCGGUGCUAGAGGAGAAGGUGGAGGCGGUGAUGGUGGCUGCCUCGGCUACAGCGCCUCUGGCGGCUACACCGGCUACUGUCGUGGCUACUUCGGCUUCGUCGCCUGUGGUGGCUACAUCGGCCACUGUCGUGGCUACAUCGCCUGCGGUGUCUACUUCCCCCAGUGGUGUGGAGCAGACGGUGACGAAGACGACUCAAGUGAAGGCGUACGCCGUGUCGGAGAGUGUGGUCAACAUGACCCGUACCCCCGACCCCGUUGACCCGUCCAUCGUUGACCGCACCACGGCCCUGGCACACAACCCGGAGCAGUACCUGGCGGAGCUGGGACGUCUCCGGGCGCAGAUCGCGCGGCUCAGGGGACUCAUAGAGAGGGAGGAACAGGUGCCCUCUGACGAGAAGUCCACACGCGAGAUGGACACAAGGAUCAAGGAUAGUGAUUAA